ACCAGUGCACAGCCGUAUUGCUGGCGGCUACGGUAAAGGUGUCCACCCUACUUUGUGUUGCUGGACCUCUUGAGUUGCUGAGAAAGUCACAGCCAGAGGAGGGAAUGAGCAGCCAGUUAUUACAAGCUGAUUUCAUGAAAUCAAAGCAUAGUUAACAAAGUAAUUCCUGCUACAACCUACCAUAAGAGUUCCUUUAGUUACUGCAUUUGUAUUGUUUUAUUAUAAAGCUUCAGUUACAUAAACUUUCUUUUAAUGGAUGAUAAUUUUGAUGACUAUGAUAUUUUAAGAAACUCUUAUAAAAGUGAAGCUAUUCGUAAAAAAAAAUUAAGGCGAAACUACCUGACACAGAAAAAAGCUGAAUACAGUAAGGCAGCAAAAGAGAGAUGUGAAAGGUUAAAACUUGCUGCUUUGAAAAAUGCAAUAGAUAAUAAUACUGAGGAGGCCAUUGAAAUAGGUAGGCUGAACUAUGAUGAGGAAGCGGUACAAGUACCAGUGCUUGACAUUAACAGUGCCACAGAAACACAUCCUGAAUACAGUUAUCAAAAUUAUAAUCCUGAUGCUGAAGAUUGUAGUCUUAAUCUUUCAAAAGAGAAUUCUGAUUUAGGAGUUACUGAAGGUUACUCAUCAGGAGAAAGUGAAGAUAAUUUUGCAGCUUUCCAUUAUGGAUCAGUUGAGCCAGAUGCUCCCGGAACUCUCUGGGAUGACUUACGAAUCGCAGCAACUUCCACUAACAUGACAACGACACAGGUUGAUGCAAUCCUUGCUGCCCUCCACAAACAUCCCAGGGAGUUCAGAAAAUUACCAAAGUCUUGUAAAACUCUCCUUAAAGUUUAUUCUACUAUACCUCAAGAAAUAAAAAGUAAAUCAGGGCAUGAUUACUUCUAUAUGGGACUGGAGGAGCAGCUGAACUUCAUCCUAAAGCUUUAUCCUGAGAGUGAUGUAAAAAAGCAUGAUACAUUGUUAAUCACAGUCAAUAAUGAUGGCUUGCCCUUAUUCAAGAGUAACAAUAUAUCAUGUUGGCCUCUACUUGUUCGCAUUGAUAAUUUUAGACCAAAGAAAGUGUUUCCAGUGGCAGUUACUGCUGGACCAGGGAAGCCUCAUGACUUGGAAUAUGUAAAUGAUUUUAUUAAUGAAGCAAGGCAGCUAAUGAUCAAUGGGUUUGUAUUUCAAGGGAAAAAAUAUUUAUUAGGCAUUAAUGCAGUAGUAUGUGAUGCACCAGCUAGGGCUCACGUAAAGCAUGUCAGACAAUACUCCGCAAAAUUUGGGUGCGAUCAGUGUGAGAGCAAAGGGUUUUAUGAUGGAAAACGCAUGAUUUGGCCUCGUACCUCAAACCUUCCUCUCAUAACAGAUGCCAGCUUUAGGGCUAAAUCACAGCCUGACCACCAUAAAAAUGAUGGUAAGGAGACUCCCUUCUUACAAUUGAGCAUUGAUAUGGUGCGUUCGUUUCCACCAGACUUUAUGCACCAAGGAGGGGGGUGUAUAAAAAAGUUAUUAAUGUGGAAUGUACUUGGUCCAAAGACCUCAGGAACUGGGCGGCCAAAAUGCCGUAUGUCUACAACUAAUAUAGUAAAAUUAAACAAAAGGAUGACACAAAUGAGAGAAUUUAUUCCCAAUUGCUUCAGCCGUAAACCUCGGUCAUUCCAUGAUUUUGCAUACUUUAAGGCUACAGAAUUAAGACUUCUGCAAUUGUAUACUGCAAAGAUUGUGUUUAAGAAUCUGAUGGCCUCAAAGAAAAUAUACCAGAAUCUUGUGACUUAUAACACUGUAUGUGCCCUCCUAGUAGAUGAUAGGACUGCCCAGCCAUAUUCUGACUUUUGCCAGUUAGUAAUACAGCAGUUUGUUGAUGGCUGUGAGGAAAUUUAUGGAAGCUCUUUCCUUGUAUACAAUGUUCAUGCUCAACUGCACUUCCCAGAAGUUGCAAAAACACAUGGUAGCAUAGACAAUGUCAGUGCUUAUGCAUUUGAAAGUAAACUUGGAGAAUUCAAGAAAAUGGUAAGAUCUAGCCAUAGACCAAUUGUCUCUUUGAUGAAAGGUAUCCAGAAACAGCAGGCUACUGAGGGAGAGGUGAAGACUAGGCAGGCAAUAUGCAUCUACACUAAGGCCCCUAACAACAUCUACAUCAACAUUCAGGAGAAUAAAUGCUACCAGGCAAUCAUCAGUCAUCGUGAAAGUGUUACGUGCAUAGAGUUUCUAGAUCCUAGCCCAUUUUACACCUAUCCUAUUGAUUCUAGAAAGAUCGGUUGUUAUCGAGUACAGACAAACCAUUACCGGUACAUCACGGUAACUGCAACUUACAUUAUGCAGUGUAGGAGGGGCAUGCGAGUUGAUUUAUGGAAACUUGAAGGUAUGGAUGGACCUGAGAAUGAGGACACUUCAGUAUUUAUGUCAGUGCUUCAUGACCAAGAUCAUUGUUUAUUCUAG